UUUUAGAUAGCGCGCUAUAGCGGCGCUACACGCAUCCUGACUGUGGUGCGCUACGCGAAGCUCGAUUUCACGUACGAAGAGUUAGCGUGCUAAUAGCGCGCUAGAUGUCAUUUAGCGCUGAAAAUUGGGCCUCUAGCGUUAGCGUCCCGCGUCUUUGAUCUAAAAUUUUCGGCCCAAAAUGAAAUCGCUACGCGGGCCAAAGCCCAAGCCUACCAAUAGUCGAAUACUAUGCCCCCAACCCUCCUCUCGAGCGAAACCCUAUCCCCACUCCCGUCCUCAUCUCAAACAGGAACCAUGGCGGCGGCCGACCAACGACCAACCAUGGCGACGGCCUCGAGCUGCUACUCCGGCGACUGACCUUCCUCGCCACUCCCUCCCAGCGACGGGGUAUUCCACUAUUCCUUCCACCAGGCGACGCAGCUCCCGGACGUUUCCUCUCGGCUGCUCCCUCCUGGCCACUUCCUCUGCUGACGGCGACGACCGCAUCCACAAGGCGACGGAGCACCCCGCGGCGACGGUGUCCACCAGGCGACCAUGAGCCAGCAAAUCCCGUCAGCAGGUGUUGGUGGCUCAAGCACUGCCUCAGUAGCAGCACCUGCACUCCCUCAAGUUGAUUCGGAUGACCCUGCGUGGAAGUAUUGCCCUCUUCCAGAUGUGAACAAGAAGCAUUGGCAGCGAUGCAACUUUUGUGGCAAGAUAUGCACAGCUGGCAUUACAAGGAUAAAGUUUCACCUUUCACAAAUAACGAAUUGUGGUGUCUUACCAUGCAAGAAGGUUCCUAGUGAUGUCAGGCUGGAGAUGAUAGCUUUGCUCCUAAAGAGUGCUGAGCUGAAGGAAAAAAAGAUCGAGGGAUUGGAGGCGCUCAGAUCUAGUGUUGACUUAGAUCACUCCGAUGGAGAACAAGGAACUGAUGAAGAAGAUGGCAAUCAGGUUGUGAUUUUGAGGCCAAAACCAGGCACAAGCAGCUCAAUGGGUGGCCCUAUGGACAAAUUCUGCAAGCCUAGUAUAGAAGAAACUGUCAAGAGGAAGCAAAAAAGAAAUUGUGAAUACGAAAAGGUUCAGUCGAAGUUGUCAACUCAGGAAAGACAACAGAGGAGGGAUAGAGCUUGUGGAUAUAUAUGUCAAUUUUUCUAUGAAGCUAGCAUCCCACAUAACACUGUCACACUUCCUAGCUUUGCAUGUAUGCUUCAGGCCAUUGGAGAUGUUGGCACAAACUUCGAUGGGCCUACUGCAUAUGAGAUGAGUGGACCAUUCUUGCAGAAAAGGAAGAAGAAGGUGUUAGAUUCAUUCAAACCACAUAAGCAAGCAUGGGAGCACACAGGUUGUACCGUAAUGACAGAUGCAUGGACAGAUAAAAAGGGCAGGGGGGUAAUGAACCUAGUUGUGCAUAGUUCUCAAGGAGUCAUAUUCUUGAAUUCAGUUGAUUGUUCAUCUGUCCAAAAAAUGGCAAAUACAUCUUUGACCUCGUUGAUAAUUGCAUUGAAGAUAUAGGGGCAGACAAAGUCGUUCAAGUGGUGACCGACAAUGCUAGUGUCAAUAUAGCAGCAGCAAGUCUAAUGAAAGCAAAGCGACCUUCCAUUUUUGGAAUGGAUGUGCAGCCCAUUGUAUUGAUCUCAUGUUGGAGGACAUAGGGAAGCUUGGAUCGGUUGACAAAAUAAUUACCCAAGCAAGACAAGUAACGGUGUUCUUGUAUGCUCACACAAGGGUGUUAUCUCUGAUGAGGAAAACACUUGGGAAAGACUUGGUAUGGUCAGGUAUUACUAGGUUUGCCACGGCUUAUCUCAAUCUUAAAAGCUUGCAAGACAACAAGAAGGAAAUGCUUAAACUAUUCAGAUUGGAUGAGCUACAUGAAAUGGGUUACUUAGAGAAGGACAAGGGGAAGAUGGCUCACAAAACGGUGCAAUCGGAAGCCUUCUGGAAAGGUGUUGGUGUUGCUGUCAACUACUUUGAGCCAAUGGCUAAUGUGCUAAGAAGAAUGGAUAGUGAUGUGCCCGCAAUGGGAUUCUUAUAUGGUUGUAUGUUGGAUGCAAAAAAGGAAAUUGCUGCAAGUUUUGAUAAUGGCGAGAGUCGCUUCAAAUGUGUUAUUGAUAUCAUUGACAAGAGAUGGGACAGCAAACUCAAGUCGCCAUUACAUUUGGCUGGGUACUUUCUGAACCCCUACUAUUAUUAUCCAAACAAGGUUGUGAUAGAGAGGGAUGGAUCAUUUAGAGCAGCCGUGGUCCAUUGCAUCACAAGGAUGAUUGAAGCUCAAAAAACUCAAGAUGAGCUUAUUGAUGAACUCGACAAAUACGAGGCGGAGGAAGAUUCCUUUGGAAUGGACAUUGUUGUACGACAGAGAAAAAGGAAAAACUUUUCUCCAGCAAAAUGGUGGCUGAAUUAUGGCACAUGUGCACCCCUGUUGAAGGACUUGGCAAUGAAGAUUUUGAGUUUGACAUGUAGCUCCUCAGCUUGUGAGAGAAAUUGGUCAGCAUUUGAACAAGUUCAUACAAAGAAACGCAGCAGGCUACUCCAUGAUAGGAUGAGUGAUCUUGUAUUUAUCAAGUUCAACUCUAGGAUGAAGCAUAAGAGAGAGAACAAGAGUAGAGACCCAAUAGAGAAGACGAUCGUUGAUGUUCUUGAGGACGAGGAUAAUGAGUUCAUCACCGGCAUUGUUGGAAAUGAUAAUGUUGUUGAACAUGUUGGUGAUGAAGAUCAAACUCAACAAGAGAGAGCUUCAACAUCACAAGAACAAGGGAAAAAGAAGAAGAGGCCUACUGCGCCCCCUAGAAAGAAGAGGAAAAAGAGCUUGCAAUCUCUCCUUAAUAGUGUCGAUGAGGAAGCUAUACUUUCUGCCUCUUCCAAUUCUUCUUCGUCGGAAUCAGAAGAUGAGUCUCCCUCGGCCCUUGCUGACUCGGAUUAAUUGCAUGGUUGGGUGUACCACUUUUGUUGUUUCAAAGUGUGCUGGUGGUAUGUUGUUAUGUUGCUAUGUCAAGUUAGUUGGCUGAACUUAUAAACCGGACCAUCUCAUGUUGUUUAUGUACCACUUUUGUUAUUCAAAGUGUGCUGGUGGUAUGUUGCUAGUUGCUAGGCCAAACUUUGCUCUGUUAUGUAAUGAAUUGAACCAUCUCCUGAUAUAUGUCCUUAUUAUGUAUGGUAGGAACUACAUAAUACUAUGUUA